CUCGACGAGGCUUUUCUCACACACGCCAUGCCGUCGGUGCCGACGACGCGCUAGGCUGGUUUAGCCUCCCUACUCACCCCCCAUCCUUGCCAAGCCAAAAAGACGGCGGAGACACGGGCAAGGGCCAUGGAAGAUGCACCGCACGUGUGUGCGCCUAGAACGAACGGUACUUCUUACCCGUCGUGUACACCUGCAGCACUCUAUCGGUGCCCCUUCCGUCUCCCUUCCCCCAAUCUAAUAAGCCAAGCCAAUCCAGUUUGUUGGUUCUGUUCCUUAGUGUCUACUUUUGACCCCUCGGUGUAUCUCACUUGCAGCUCGCUACCCUGAGUGUGGACAGAGGGGCAACUGGGCAACAAUUCCCAUGAACAUGUGUAUACAUGAGGUGGAUAGGAUAUGCAUACCUUGAGGCGUUCUCCGCGCCUGCCCUACUAUCUUACUCAAAAGCCACCCGUCUCCUUCAUCCUGCUCGUUCUCGCCUUCUUCUGCCUUUCUUACUCUCUUACGUUUUCCCUUCUUGAGCAAACAACACCUUAAGCACGGACAGACAGCAUAGCCAACCUUAUUGCAAAUUUAUCGAAACCGCCAGAGCAGACCCACACGCCGCCGUACCUGGGAGAUAUUCUCUCUUAUUAUACUCCUGGACCUUGGUCGCAUACUCUCUCGGCACGUCCCGGCCGUGUUAUACAGAGCAACCAACCUUGAUAGCAGUCAGCAGUGCGACCAGACGGCUGAGCUAUCAGCCCGACUCGAUUCUCACCUGGAGCAAUACAUUGUGCUCACACCAUCCUCCAUUCCCUCCCAAGAACGUGGAGGUCGAACUCGAAAGUGUGCCAGGCAGUCAAUGCCCAACGGCUCUACCCCCAGCGGCAUCAUUUCUCUUUCUCAAUGGGUAUUCUAGCUUUGGAGCCUCAUUCCCGAUUGGCCGCCCCAGAUUCUCCUCCCGGGCUGGUUAGCCCUUCUUCAUCCUCGUACUCCUCCAGACCAUCUCCUCCCGUGGAAAAGCUUUGGAACGCCAGAUUCGGCCCCCUCUCUCCUCCUAUGUCGAACUACGAGCAUGGCUCGACGGCCGAUAUGUCCACUGUUGGCAAGAGUCAUGAUGACGGCUCGAGCCGUAAGAAUUCGGCACAGAGUGCCCCUCGGCAGCAACUACCAUCAUUGAGCAGCUUGUUUGGCCCCCCGUCCUCAGUCAGGCCUUUGCACUCCCCAUCGUCCGACCGCCCCGGUACAUACCCGGCAACAUCUCCCCUGGACUGGCCCCGCAUGCCACAGCCUCAGGGCGAUCGUUCGUACGCCGCCUCGUACUUCCCUCCGCAGGAGACUUCACCGACCAUGUCCCAACCGCGGAGUACCUAUGAUGCGAGAUACGACCAUGAGAGGCAGGCGCUGCAUGGGCUGUCUCGUUCGUUCUCAGGGUCUGGGUCUCCAAGGUACCGUGAGCCAGAACACCCGCGCCCGGAAUCCAGAUCCGACGUUGGCUUGGGUAGCAGUAAGUGGUCGAUGCACAACGAGGCGGGAAAACACGAGUACGCCCUGGUCUCCAGAGAGAGCCAUCCUACACUCCGGGCCACGCAUGACAGAAUGUCGUACCAGUAUCCCAGCAACAGAGACGCGGGGUCCUCCUACCGAGACCACCGCCCCUCGUCCGGGUCCAGCUUAAUGCAGGCAUCGGCACAAGCCAGUACCUCGAGCUCGGAAGGGAUCCCGUCAAAAGAUGGACUCGGCCCCAAGAUCUGGACGGGAACCCACUUUCUUCCCCGGUUCGUCCGUGCCGCCGAGGUGCCAGGGGAGGGCAUGUGCUACUUUUACGACGAUGGCAGCCACUGCAAGACUGUCAUUGACGGCGAGGCUGUCAAUGCCCACUGGGGCGUGACCAAGGCUGGAAAGCCAAGAAAGAGACUGGCGAUUGCGUGUGUCACCUGCAGAGAGAAGAAGAUCAAGUGCGACCCCGACUAUCCCCGCUGCGUGCAGUGCGAGAAGUUUGGACGGAUCUGCAAGUUCAAGAACGCACCACGAGGCGGCCACAAUACGUCUCCAUCAACGCCUCCUGCUGAACCGGAAGACAUGAGGCGUAUGGGGGGCUCGGCCAACCCGAGCGACAUGCGCCGUCCUGGUAGUAAUUCCAGCGCCUCUGUUUCCCCUCGUACCACGUACCGCCAACCGAGCCCGGAGCCCUCGAUGCCUCACAAGAGGAUGCGACUCGGCUUUGACUCUUCCUCCUCGAUGAGGGACGAACCUAUGUCUUUUGGCGAGACGGCCAAGACAAGCAUAUCCUGGCAGCACCGUCAGCCAAUUGAGCUUCCUCGUAUUCACGAGAAUGUGCUGAACCGAGCAUGGCAAUCAGAUCCGUACGUCUCCGACCCUCAGUCAAUUAACACCGUAAUCUCCUCCUUCUUCGUACACACCGACAGCACCAUGGCCCUUCGUUUUUUGCCCGAGACAGCGUUCAAAUCCUGGGUGAUCGGAAAUGCUCAUACAAAGUCUCCAGAAGACCUGAUGCUCACCUAUAGCAUCCUCGCCGUCGGUGUCGCCUUGUCGGGCGGGCUCAAGAGAGUCGCCCACGAAUACGCCCAAGUCGCCCGCUAUGCGCAAUAUCGCGCUGCCUCGGGUCUACAACUCGUGCAAACGCGGCUCUUGCUAGCCCUCUACUAUCUGUCCAUAUCUGACCCGGACGAAGCAAACGCGAUGUCGAGUGCGGCGAUCUCGAUGGCUACGUGCCUGCAGCUGAACUUGGAGCUCGACAAAUCGAUCAGCGCGCAUCUGACUGUGUUCCCGUACGGCUUAGCCAGAGCGGCUUAUGCGGAAAGCAGGAGACGGACGUACUGGGCAUGUUUCGUACUUGAACGACUGAACGGCAAGUUCCCGAACCGUUUAAGCACCCUCGACGCCAGGGAUAUCUUUAUUCGGUUACCGUGUGAAGCGGAAGUGUUCGAAAAGCAAGAGGAGUCGUAUGCCCCAUUCUUCUCUACAAAUCCGUCCAGCUCGUCCAAGCUCGUCGACACGCCAUUGUCGUUGUCGGCCUAUCUUGUCCAGCUAGUCAGCCUUUGGGCAGAGGUUAUGUCUAACAUAUACAGAGCCGCCCAGGGCGUUCCUUUGGAUAGAGAUACUGCCCCUUCUAUUGAUAGCACUAGGGAGAGGUUCAUCAAGUGGCGGGAAUCCCUUCCCGAGCGAUUCACCUAUAGCGCUGACAACAUGGAACUGGCUGCUCAGGAUGGGACUCUCAGCACAUUCCUCACAGUCCAUCUCCUGCACCAUCAUGGACUGAUUAAACUUCACCGGCACAUGUGCACUUCGGAGCGGCUAGCCCCGGCGGACCGAUUGCAAUACUUGUGGCGAGUAGGCGAAGAGUCGAGUCGAGUCUUGGACAUGAUGAGCGCGUUGGAGGUGCUGCUUCAGGCCCGGCGAACUCCGCUGAGCGCGCCCCCACCAUUCAUGAGCAACAUUAUCCUGGAAGCCGCAGACGUGGUAACUGCCGAGGGCGCCUUGUCGGAAGCGUCAGUCCUUAUAGACCGAUUGGCUGUCGCAAGCGCCGUUGUUGACGCCGCAAGUACGAUCUGGGAAGAAGCACGAGCCCAUCGAGCCGCCCUCGAGCAUCGACGGGAUGCCAUCAGGAUUAUACAGGACAGCAAGCCCGGCGAUGGGUCCUCGACCGGCGGCAAAGUUUUCAUCAACAACGACGAGAAAAAAGACAGCAGGCGACUGCCUCUAGGAAAAUGCUGGCAGAUGGAAGAGCCAAUGGAUACGAUGUUUCGCAAAUUCGCGGACAUUGUCUACACACGGAGUUGACCCCCCACCCACAGUGCACCGAAUUCUGGGUCAUUUUUCUUAUUCCAUUUACACUGCAUCUACGGCGUCCGGGGUGGCAUUUGAACAUUUUGUUUGCUUAUUUCCCUCAACUUCUCGGGCGUGUAUUGGAGAGACGUGAGGUUUUGGAAAAGCACACAUUGGGGUUGCCGAGUUUGGCAUUUCAUACCCCUUGUCCAUGUAACAUCAUAUACCCUGUACAUGAAGAUAUCAAUUUAAGGAAACAAAUCAGUCAGGACAGCAAAUGCAGGCGGGCAUGGCGAGAAACAAGAGAGAGAGAGAGUCAUAGCAUGUGCCAUCUGUGGAUGGUGAGAGCUACCUAGGCAAGCUAGGCAACACGAGACGAAGACGAAAGAGAAAGAGGGGCGAUGCAUCC